GAACUAAUAAAAUUAUUUCAACGAUGAAAGCUAUUAUUGCUAUUAGUCUUGUACGUCUUGUAUGUACAAUAAUUAUUUUGAAAUACUAAAAAAAAUUAAAAAGGAAAAAAAAACCAUCUAGUUGUAAAUUUUUAUUAUUAAAAUGCGUCUAACUUUUGUUAACUUCCUAAAUAAAGUGAGACCACAUGGAAAACUGUUUAGAGGAAAAAAUCGAAAAGUAAGGCAAAUUACUUUCAAGGAAAUGAUUGAUAUGAAAAAUGAUUUUGAAAGAGAAGAAAGAAAUUUACUCCUUCUACGACAUCCAUAUUUAACACUGGAACAAACAGAUGGUUAUAUGAAGGAAAUAAGAUCAUUGCAACCACAACCAAUUCCACUUGUAGGAAAACUUAGAGACAUUAAAUUUACCAGAAGAUAUUCCUAUGAAGAUGCACUGUGUCACUUAAAAGUAAAAGAAGCAUGGGAUUAAUAUAAAAAAUUUCAACUUCAACUUUAUUUGUUAUUCUUCAAUGUACAUUUAUUAUCUUUGUAACAGUUAAUAUACACAUAAAAAUAA